CGACCAAAGCGGGAAACUGGAAUCUCGAGCUUGCGGCAGCUUUGUACACUUGGAGUUGCGCAACACGAAGUCGGCCAUGGAGACGAACCGGGACGAGCAAGUCGCGCUGAUCCGCGGCCCGGACCACAUGGAGAUCCUCCAGAAGUCCAUGAGCAAGGCCAAGAUCGAAGGGUACCACAUGAGCAGUGGAAGGACCACCGGAUUCAAGCCCCUGGGAAGAGACUACGCGAAGAACCCUGGGUCCUCGAGCGCUCUGGCCAUCAUGCGCGGCUUCCGGGGACCCCAAGGUCCUCCAUCGGUCAUACCGAUCGAGCAAAGCCCGGCGACGAUCGAUAUUACACAAGUCGGCGCCGAAAUCAUCGAGCGCAACAAGAAGAAGACGUUCGAGAUGCUAGAGAAAAAGCCGUCGCUGUCCUCAAUCCAUGCAAGUGUGACGACGACCAAAGCUCCGUCAACGAGAAACAUGCCCGACCACGAUAUGGGCGAAGACUUGGACGAAAUUCUCGGGGCCGUGGAUCUCGACGAGAUGGUCGCGUCAGCGACGCACGCGACGAAGCCCUCGCAACGAAGCGAUUAUCGCAAGCCCCUUCAGACGACAAGCACAGCAUUCAGCGCGAUCCCGGCCAGCUCAACACCGUCAACGUCGUCGCGUGCCUAUCCGGCAAAUGUAUCUGCUGCAGCGCCGUCUUACGCUACUCCUUCGACGUACUCGGCGGCUCCAACAUCAACAUACACAGCUCCCACUCCUUCAACCUUCGCACCAUCAGGAAGCUCGUAUGCUGGAUCAAGCAAACUCGCUUCAUCGCGCUCGAUGGCAGUCAGCGACAACCAAGGUAACCUCGAAGCGAGCAUUCAAGCAACGCGAGCAAAACUCCGCCGGGUGCGCGAAGAGUGCGACGACGCAUCGCUCGAUGGUGAUGUCCCGUACGAGCUGGAGCGGCAACGAGAUGCGCUCGAGGCAGAACUAGCGUCCAAGAUCACGGCACUGCACGCACGAAAGGUUGCAGCAGCGUCCCAAGGACCGUCGCUGGAGCAGCUGCAAGACUCGAUCAAAGACGUCCGAGCGAAGCUUCGGCGAGUGCGUGAAGAGUGCGACGAUGCGUACCUCAUGGGCGAAGUGCCUGACGAGCUUGAGACGGAGCGCACCAAUCUAGAGCAGUCGCUUGCGCACUACAGCAAGCUCUACCGCGACGCGCGCAACGGGUCGACAUCUGCAACGCCCACACCAACGCCCGUGCCGACCCCGGCACCGACGCCGCGCGCCUACUUAUCCCCGACUCCAGCGCCAACGCCCCGCGCCUACGUGUCACCGACCGCACCUUACAGCCCGCCGUCUCCACGAUACAACAGCAGCAACAACUAUGAAAUGGCGCUCCGCGACACGGGAGGGUCGAGCCAAGUGCUCUGCAAGUGUGGGCGACCAACGACGGCGAAAAAGGUCGUCCACGGCCAGAACGCAGGUCGUCUCUACAACUCUUGCGAGUCGUGUGGCUUCCACAACUGGGCCGAUGGCGGCUCAUCCACAAACUCGAGCUCGUCGUUCCAGUCCAACCCAACGCACGACUUCAACGCGACGACAUCAGCUCCUUUGGCGAUGGAAGCUGAUCUCGCAAGCAAGAUGAAGCGCGCAAAGCACAUCCUACGCGACGUCUUUGGUCAUUCGUCGUUCCGUCCGGGGCAAGAGCGUGUCGUCCAGGAGGCACUUUUGGGGCACGACGUGUUUGUGCUCAUGCCCACGGGUGGCGGCAAGAGUCUCUGCUACCAGCUCCCGGCGUGCGUCGAUCCCGGCGUUUCGAUCGUCAUCUCCCCUCUUGUGUCGCUCAUUCAAGACCAAGUGCAGCAGCUGCAAGCACUCGACAUUGACGUAGCGCUUCUUAACGGCGACCAAGACUACGACUCUGUGCAGAAGCCCAUCAUCUCGCAACUCUUUUCCAACUCGAUACAGAUCAAGAUGCUCUACGUGACACCGGAGAAGAUCGCGUCGAGCGGUCUCUUGGGGAAGCUCUUCGAAUCGCUCGCGUCUCGCGGCAUGCUUGCUCGCUUUGUCGUCGACGAGGCGCACUGCAUCAGCCAGUGGGGCCACGACUUUCGGAAGGACUACAUGAACCUGGGCAAUCUGCGCUCGAAGUACCCCAACGUGCCCAUCAUGGCGCUCACAGCAACGGCCAACGGACAGACGGAGGCAGAUAUCGUCAAGAACCUGCGUCUGGCCAAGCCUUUUGUGACUCGAUCGAGUUUCAAUAGACCCAACUUGACGUACGACGUGCGCCGCAAGACAUCCAAGUUCAUGGAAGAGAUGUGCAACUUUGUUCGCGACCGCAUCGACGAGUCGGGCAUCAUUUACUGCUUGUCAAAGAAGGACUGCGAGACGACAGCCAACAAGCUCAUCCAGACUCUUGGCUACGAGGGAACGUCUCGGGCCAAGCAGAUUUCCUUCUACCACGCUGGGUUGGAAUCGGAAGACCGGUCCAAGCGUCACCACGAGUGGAGCAAGGGUCGCAUCAAGUGCAUUGUGGCAACGGUUGCCUUUGGCAUGGGCAUCAACAAGCCCGAUGUGCGAUACGUGAUCCACCACACUAUCCCCCAAUCAGUGACCCAUUACUAUCAAGAGUCGGGCCGCGCGGGUCGUGACGGGGAGCAGUCGACGUGCUUGCUCUACUACUCUUUCAAAGACAUGUCGCGUCGCCGCCACUUGAUCUCCCAAGACCGCGAGAACCCACAACACCGGAAUGUGCACUUUCAGAACCUGCGGCGCAUGGUCGAGUUUUGCGAAAACCAAGUCGAGUGUCGGCGCACGAGUCUCCUCGAGUACUUUGGCGAGCAUUUUUCCAACGCCAACUGCCACGAGACGUGCGACAACUGCAAGGCGCGUGGCAAAGGUGUUGCGUUCGAGCAGAAGGACGUCUCGGCCGACUGUCGCUUGCUGCACAAUAUUGUGCAACGUUCUGCGAGUGAAAACGAGUCGCUGACCGUCGUGCAGGCGUCGGCCGUGUUUAUGGGCUCGAUGGCAAAAGACAACCAGAAGCGACGUGCGUUCUACGAGAGCUUUGUCGAGUUUGGCGCGGGCAAGGGCCGUUAUGACCGCAGUGAAGUCGAGCGCGUUAUCUACAACAUGAUUCUGCGCCAGUUUCUCGACGAAGUGGAGAAGAAAAACACAAUGGGCUUCUCCUCCAACGUGCUCGUCGUCGGGCAACAAGCACGCAAACUAGUCCAAGGCGAGCGCGUCGAACUCGUGUACAAGACGAAGCGAAAGCCGCUCGUGGUUUCGGAGCAAGUUCCCGUGACCAAAAAGGACAAGCAAAAAAAGGCAUCCAAGGCCAAAAUAUCCAACAAAACAUCAGGGGCGGUGCCAGCGGCCUCGCUCGACGACGAUGGCGUCGAAGUCGUCGAGAUGUUCCCCGUCAUGCCCCGACACACUAAGCUCGCGGCACGGGUUCCGCUGCAUCAUGUCGAAGCGCUGCACCAGAUUUUGAUGGACUGGCGUGCGUCCGAAUGUGACAACUUUGACGUGAUGCCGUAUCACAUUUUGCCCACUGCCGGCAUCGUCGCCAUCUCCGAGGCCGUGCCCGUCUCCAACGCCGAGCUCAUGGCCAUCGAGGGUGUCGGUCGGACGCGCGUCAAGAAGUACGGUGCCGCCAUCAUCGAACUCGUGCAAAGCUACUUGACAAAGAACGGUCUUGUGCCUGCGCCGUUGCCCGAGGGGUACAUUACGGCCGAGAUGAUGCACGACGUCAAAGACACAAGCCCACCGAAAGCCUUGUCGGCGCCUGUUGCGAGACCAAAGGCCAAGUCGCCCUACUUCCAGAAAUCCAGCGCGGCUCCGACGUCAGAUGCGUACGAUGACAUGGAUUGGGCCAUGUUUGACGACACGGCCGACCUCGAAGCGACGUCCCACAAGCGUCCGAUUGAAACCAUCGACCUCAGCGGGGAGGCCUCCAAGAAGCGCAAGCUCCACCUCAUCGACCCCUACUAGCACUUCAUUCCUCACCGUUGUUUGCUCGCGGACUUAUUUGCUCGAAGUCGACAAAGAAAUCUUUAUUCUUUA